AUGGUUUGGAACGAGGCUCGUGUGGACGAGCUAACGUUGCUCUCCAGCAGACUUUCUGAGACGUCUUACGGCUUCUUUGAAACUGCCCACAGCCUUCGGCAAGGCCUAUCACCUACAGGCGAUCCCUCUGAGUUCCUUUCUCAAAUCGUUCGCCUCUGCGGCCCCGAGAAUGAAAGAGGGUCUGAAGUCAACCAGAAGGAUAAGAAAUACCGAUUUAAAACUCUUGACGGCUUUCGCGAUGCAAAGGCUCCUCUGGUCAGUCUCAGCCGCAGGGAUUGCGAGGAGAUGGGCCACAACUUCCAAAUGCCUGAGGAACCACUCCAAGAACCUGAAAGGCUGGAAAUGGCUGCAAAAACCAUUCAGAGGGCCUGGAAAAACUUUCUUAAUGUUGCCAUAUUCCAGCAUUUUAAAAGUCUGAUUAACUUUAGAAGACAAGGAGAACCACAUCAGAUAAUGAGGUACAUUAACCCUAAAGAGGCAGAGUUCCUAGAUACUGCUGCUGGUGUUCAAGUCCGAUUCAGAUUGGGUGGGGAUACAUUUCCACCCCAGAUAUACUAUAAAAUUUUUACUCACAGACAUAUUGAAGAUCUGUGUGCUAACAGCCCUAAAGACUACACAAAGCUUCCGUCAAGAUACACAUCUCAUAAUAAAGACGAUCCACCUGAGGUUGAGAACCGAAGUGGCUGGUAUCGCCGGGUAGAGAACAAUGGAUGGAGGCCUGUUGCUUAUAGAUUUUGGAUGCCAGCUGAAAAUGAAAUGUUGGAAAGCACAAAGGAAAGAGAAUUUCAUUUCUCUAAACUGAAGAGAAAGCAAGAUAUAGAAAAGAAAAGAAAAAUUAAAAAAAUGGAAUGGAUGAGGCAAAUGUACUAUAUGGGAAGCCUGGAGGCAAAGCCCACUAAUCAGGAGACUCUAGGCCUAAUUCAUAAAGCAACAAAAGGACUAAUCAAGAGUUUUGAAGAUGGUGGGGUGGAUUCUGUGAUGGAAUGGGAAGUGGAUGAAGUGCUGAAGUGGACAAAUACACUCAACUUUGAGGAGUAUAUUGCUAAUUGGAAAGAAACUGCCACAAGCAACUCUUCAGCUACGUUAAAACAUGUCAAGCUUGAGCAAAUACAGAAAGGCCUACACAACACCUAUGAACCUAAAUCCGCAGAGCCAUUAUUGGAUGAAACUUUUGAGAGUGAUCACAAUGUAAGAUCACCGUUCAUUACCUUAACUCCUGAUACCACGAAUGGAAUGUAA